AUGCCCACUUUGCUGGCGGCUGAAUAUUUAUUGGAAAAAAUGCAAAAUUCGGUCGGUAUCUUCAAGCAGGACGACCAGAAAUCGGUGGCCGGGAAGUGCCAAAGCCGGAGCCCUUAUCGACUUCAGAGUAACCGUUAUCAAAAGCAAUGGCAAGCAGAGAUUGCCAUUAGUAUUGAUAACGACAUUGAGAAGGAAGAGUGGAAAUGA